AUGUAUUAUUUCGAAAACCGAACUUAUGAUUUCUGUACCAGUUCAUUCUUCCUCUAUACCGCUGAUUUCCAGCGUCUAUUCCUUCAUUUUUUCGGUUUCAUUGCUAUUCCAGUUCAUCUGUACGGUGGAUAUUGCAUAAUAUUUCAAACUCCCCCGUCGAUGAGAUCUGUCAAAUGGAGUCUUUUCAAUUUGCACGUUCUCAGUUGCUUUUGGGAUUUGGGACUGAGUUUUUUGACGACUCCUUUUAUAUUUUUCCCGGCGUUGGCUGGAUAUCCACUUGGAGUUUUGAAAGAUUUCGGAGUGAAGAAUGAGCAUCAGUUGUACCUUAUGAUUACGUCAGGCGCGUAUAUGCUCAUCGCCAUCCUUAUCGUUUUCGAAAACCGUCUGCUCAUUCUAAUCGGCUCCAACAAAUUCUGGCGUAUAUUUCGCAUUCCGUGGUAUAUCCUUCACUUCUUGGUUGCCACAUUCUUCUUUUUCCCAAACUAUUUGAUGAUUCCUGACCAAGAAUAUGCGAAAGCUCUUUUCCGUCGAAUUGCUCCAUGUAUUCCAUUAUAUGUGAAUGCCGAUCUUGUAUUCGUUGCAGUCAUCGAAACUCGUUUUCUAUUGAGAGCUGCUGGAGUAUUGAUAUUCGGAGGAUUUCUGGAGAUUUGGUCAUUGGCAUAUAUAACUGAUCGGAAGUUGAGCAAACAAAUCAAUGGAACAAUGUCUUUAAGGACUGUUCAGUUGCACCGGAAUUUUCAGAAAGCGUUCAUAAUCCAGCUGAUUAUACCUAUCCUUAUUAUCAUCUUACCUAUAAUUUACGUUGGAAUCUCUUGUUUCGUCUUCUAUCAUAACCAGGCAUUGAACAAUAUCACAGUCAUCAUCGUUUCUUCUCACGGUUUCUUCUCCACAAUCGUCAUGAUUUGUAUCCAUGCACCAUAUCGAGAAUUCACACUUUUGCUGUUCACUGUUAUGGUACGGGUUCGAAAUGAGCACUCCUCAGUGGGACCAUUCAGGAGUAACAUAAUAACAUGA